CGAUUCCGAAUUCGGAUUGCCCUUUCACUUGCUACUUGGACUUUGGAGACGUACUCAGAGGCUUCAGAGCUGCCGUCUUAGCGAGUUGGGAGUUGGAAUAGAGGAGAGAGGAUAGACUGGUACGCUGUUGCCGCUGCACUUCUGCCCCUUCUUGUGCGCCUCUUUCUUAUUACGUACUACGUACAUGAGGGCUGAAAUGGAUUCAGUUAAACAACAUAAAGUACGUCAAUACGAGGAGUUUGUGGAUAAGCGUUUAAAACCAGAUCUUGUUCGAGCUAUUGCUGAACGGGAUAAGGUCUUUGAUCAGCAAAAAACAUUCUCGGAUUUGAAAAGAAACAUUGAGAAUCUUGAGAAGAAUAGUGUGACUAGCCUUAGGACACUGGUCAAUCUGGGCUCUGAGGUUUACAUGCAAGCUGAUGUGCCAGACACUAGGCACAUAUUUGUGGAUGUCGGGCUCGGCUUUCAUGUCGAAUUCACUUGGUCGGAAGCUCUAGAUUUUAUUUCAGUGAGGGAGAAGAAACUUGCUGGGCAGAUAGAGGAAUAUACUCGCCUAAUUGCUGCAAUUAAGGCACAGAUAAAAUUGGUCUGUGAAGGGAUAAGAGAGUUACUCCAGCUUCCUGCAGAUACCUUAAGGAAGGAAAGAGAAUUUUAGAUUUCCAUUGAUGAUAUGAAUGCAGACUUGUUGCUAUCACUAAUUCACUGCCCAAGCAAGAAAAAGUUUUGUGCAUUUCUGGCGUCUUCUUAGCAAACAAACUGCACUACGUGAUUCCAAGUGGUGGCACCAGUCUUGUCAAACUAGAGUUUUCAAUAUUGUUCAGGACUGAUAUUUGAUACUCCAUAAAAUUUUGGAAUCAGUACCUCAUAUCUAAAAUGUUUAAUUUAAUGGCCUAACAUGUACCGGUGUUAAUUAUUCAAACUUAAAUUUAUAGUUGCACCUUAUAAAUGCAUUUUUAAUGCUUUUUUACUGCCUAGGAGACAGCUACAAGCAUUCUUGCUUCUUGUGAUGCAAUUAGAUCAUUGGACUUGGGCAGGAAAGUUCAUUCUUUUGUUGUGAAAUUUCGUCUGAGAUGGCGUGUUUCUGUAGAUAAUUUGUUGUUGUAUAUGUAUGCCAAAGCAGGUGAUCUUAGUACAGCUGAAACUAUUUUUAAU